GAAAGAAUGAAAUUUCAAUUGCUAUCUUUAUUAUCAUUAACUGCAAGUACUUUAGUUGCUGCUAAUAUUUUUACUAGUCAAAAAUAUAUCAAUCAUUCACUCGCCUUUAAACAACCAAAAUUGUGCGAUUCCACUGUGGUUCAGUACUCUGGUUAUUUAGAUGUUGGAAAGAAUGAACAUUAUUUUUUUUGGUUUUUUGAAAGUCGAAAGAAUCCCGAAAAAGCUCCUCUUACUGUGUGGUUAAACGGUGGUCCUGGAUGUUCUUCUAUGAUUGGUUUAUGGCAAGAAUUAGGUCCUUGUCGUGUCAAUCAAGAUGGUACCAAAGCUAUUUAUAACGAAGAAGGUAGUUGGAAUCAAGUCUCAAAUAUGCUUUUCUUUGAUCAACCCGAUGGUGUUGGAUUCUCUCACGGUGUCGAUAAUGUAUACUCAACUGAUGACGCUGCUCCUCUCAGUUACAGGUUGCUUCAAGUCUUCUUUGAAGCUUUCCCUAAAUAUAAGGAUUUGGAUUUCCACUUUUAUGGAGAAUCAUAUGGUGGUCAUUAUGUUCCUGCUUUUGCUGAUUAUAUCUUGAAACAAAAUUUGGCCUUGACAAAACAUUCUAAGAAUCAACGUAUCAAUCUCAAGUCUAUUGGUGUUGGCAAUGGUUUCACAGAUCCUCUCAUUCAAAAUCAGUACUACGAAAAGAUGGCAUGUGACUCAAGCUAUGGAUCUGUUUUGUCUCCCUCCGAUUGCAAGAAAAUGAAGGAUCAUACACCUGAAUGUGUUCGUCUCUCUCAAAAGUGCUACAAAACAGGAACCAACCAUGAUUGCAUUAAGGCCGACAACUACUGUGGAACCUACGUUGAAGGUGUCUAUGAUAACGCCAACAAAAGCUAUUACGAUGUUCGCACUUCCCAAGAAAUUCCCAGUACCUAUAUCAAAUUUCUCAAUACGACUUCUACUAUGAAUAUUAUUGGUGCCAAGCAAUGGUAUCAAGAAUGUGCUGAUAUCCCUGGUAAUAAGUUUUACAAAACUGGUGAUGACGCCCGAAAUUUUGCUCCUCGUGUUGCUAACCUUUUGAAUCAUGGUGUUCGUGUUUUAUUAUAUGCUGGUGAUGCCGAUUAUAUUUGUAACUGGUAUGGAAACCAUGCUUGGGCUCAACAAUUGAACUUUAAAGGAAGCAAGGCUUACCGCAAAGACAAAUUAAAACCCUGGUUGGUGGAUGGCAAGGAAGUCGGUCAAUAUCAAGCUGGAGGUAAUCUUACCUUUGUCCGUGUCUAUGAAGCAGGUCAUGAAGUCCCUUAUUAUCAACCCAAAGCUGCACUUGCAAUGUUCACCAAUGCUGUUGAAUCCAAAUCUUUUGGCAAACAUUAGUAUAUUUUAUUAUUAAAUAUAGUUAUUUUGUGUAUUACUGUUUUUUUCUUGUAAUUUAUACUUUUUGGGACAUUUUUCCGCAUUUGAAUAAUAAAGAAAUAGAAAACUUUGUUACCCC